CAGCUCCCCACUGUCCUGCACACCGCGGGUUGGUGUUGCGCCCAGGAAAGCCAGGCAGAUCUACUUGCAGGUAUUUACAGAGCUUGACAUGACUGGAAGCAAAGAAACAAGGAGGAAAUUGCCCCUGAUCAGUCAAGAAUGGUCUGUAGAUAUGCUUUAGGGUAUAUCACCAACCAAGAGAAGGAAAGAGGAGGGAAUGGCCUCAGAUCAAUACAGGUCCACCUCCAGUGACAGCUGAAGUGGCCUUUGAGCUGAAGAUCAGUACACUUACAGGCCUACACUUAGACCUACCAUCCUCUUUUCCCAGGCCAUCUGAGCCCCACUGUACCUUGUUCAUUCCUUCAGCAGGGGUGAUUACAUGGGUCACAUUCAGGAAGUGGGCUGGGUGACUGCAGGACUGGUGAUCUGGGCUGGUACCUGCUACUACAUUUACAGAUUAACCAAGGGAAGAGCCCAGAGUGUGAGGAGACUUGCCAGCAAUGGGUCUAGAGUCAAGAAGGAGACCGUGGCUGGGGUACAGAACCAGACCUUGGACAUGAAUGAAGCCAUGGAUGGGACAGAGAUUGAGGUUAGACCUAGGGCCAAGACUGGAGCAGAAACUGGAACAGGAGGUGGGGCUGGGGCUGAAGUAGAGACCAAGGUUGCUGCUAGAGUCAGACCCGAAGCCAACUCUCAGGCCAAGGCAAUGGCUGGGGCUGAGGAAAAGGCAGAAACCCAAUCUGAGGUUAAAACAGUGAUCAUGACCAAGGCAGUGACUCUAGGUGAGACCAAAUUGAAAGCCAAGGAAGUGGCCAUGAAAGAGGCAGUGACCCAAACUGACUCUGAGGCUGAGAGAAUAGUCAAGAAAGAGGCAGUGACCCAGACCAAGGCUAAAGUUUGGGGAUUGGUUGCCAAGGCAGAGACCAAGAAAGAAUCAAUGACCCAGAUGAAAGUGGAAGCUCAUAUUUGGGCUGAAAAAGAGACAGAGAUGAACAGAGUACUGGUGACACAGAAUGAGGCCUUGGCAAUGACCAGGGAAGGGGCCAAGAUGAAUACCAUAAAUAAGACUGGAAUUAUGGCUGAGACUAAAUCAAGAGCCCUGGAAGAGACUGUGAAUGUGACCAACAUUCAGUCUGAAGCCAGGCCUGGAACCACAGUUGAUGUUCAGGGAAAUGUUAAUAUCAUGUCCAGCGCAGAAGCUGGAGUAGAUAUAAGGUCUUAUGUACCAUCUCAGACUAUGGCCAAGAUCCAGGUUGAUGGCACAUCUUGUGCUGGGUUUGAAGUCAAGGAAAAUCACAAAAUUAUGUCUUGGGUGAGGACUGGGGCAGACAUGAGGGCUUCUGCUCAAUUUGAGAUUAUAACCAAGGCUCAGGCUGAGACCAUGACUAGGACAAGGGUUGACACUGGGGUUAAUACCAACGCCACAUGUAAGGCAGGGAUGCGGACAUAUAUGAGAGCUUCUAUACAACCUCAGACCAUGGCCAAGAAACAGGCUGAAGCAACGUCUGGUGCCAGGGUUGAUGACAGCAGAAAUACCAAUGUCACAACUAAGGCAAUGACUGGAGUUGACAUGAAGGCUAUCACUCAGCUUGAGGCUAUGUCUGAUGUCAGGUUUAAGGGUACAGGCAAUUCCAAUGCCAUGUCUAAAAUAAGAGCCAAGGCAAACUUGAGGGUCAAUUCUCAAGUUGAGGCCUUGUCUGAUUCUAGGGUUAAGACCAGAAGCAACCCUAAUGCUAUUUCUAAGUUAGGGGCUGGGACAGACAUAUUGUCUUAUGCACAGCUUCAACCUAUGGCCAGUGUUCAGGUUGAUGCUUUGCCUGAUGGCAGGAUUAAGGCUAAGGGCAAUGCCAACAUUAUGUCUCAGGAAGGGGCUGGAACAGACACAAAGGCACAGUCCCAGGCUUCUGCCAUGAGCCAGAUUGAAGCCUUACCAAGUACAAGAAGCAAGGCUGGGGGCAAAGUCAAAGGCAAGUAUAAAGCAGAGGUUGGGACAGACAUGAAAACAUGUGCACAAUAUCAGGAUGGAGACAAGAGUCAAAAUGAUGCUUUGCCUGAUUCCAGAGUUGAUGACAGGGGAGUUCCUAAUGCUUUUCCUAGGGCAGGGGCUAAGGCAGAAAUAAGGGCUCAUGGUCAGCCUCAGGUUAUGGACAAUGCCCAGGAUGAAGCUUUCUCUGGUAUCCAGAAUAAGGUCUGGGGCAAUCCCAAUGUUGUGACUAAAGUAGAGGCUGGGUCAGACACAAUGGGCUUGGCCCAGCCUCAAACAAGUAUGACAAUAUCUUCUUGGCCCCAAGCUGUGGCCAGUUCCCAGGAUGAGGCCUCACCUGGUGCCAGUAAUAAGGUCAGGGGCAAACCCAAUACUUUGUCUAAGAAAAAGACUGUAGUAGAUACAACAGGUUCCACCCAGCCCCAGGAUGUGUCAAAUUCCCAAGGUGAAGACUUGCUUGGUGCCAGGAGUAAGAUCAGGGACAGACCCAAUGUUGUGUCUAAGGCAGAGGCCAAAGCAGAUGCACUAAGCUCCACCCAGCCCCAGGUUGUGACUAAUUCCCAAGGCGAAUUCUUGCCUGGUACCAGGAAUGAGGUCAAGGGCAAUGCCAAUGCUGUGCAUAAGGCAGGGGCUGGGCCAGAGAUGGUGGGCUCUGCCCAGCUCCAAGCUGCCACCAGUUCACAGGGUGAGGCCUUGUGUGGUACUAAGAAUAAGGUCAGGGACAAUCCCAAUGCUGUAUCUAAGGCAUGGACUGGGCCACAUGCAAUGGGCUCUGCCCAGCUGCAAGCUAUGACAAAUUCUCAAGGUGAGGCCUUGCCUGGUGCCAAGAAUAAGGUACAAGACAAUCCCAAUGCUGUGUCUAAGGCAGAGGCCAGGGAAGAUGCAACAGGUUCUGUCCAGCCUCAAGCUGUGGCCAAUUCUCAGGGUGAAGCCUUAUCUGGUACCAAGAAUAAGGUCAGGAGCAAUUCUAAUACUAUGUCCAAGUUAGAGUCUGAAGCAGAUACAACAGGUUCUUCUCAGCUCCAGGCUGCAGACAGUUCCCACAGUGAGGCCUUUCUUGCUGCAAGGAAUAAGGUCAAGGACAAUUCUAAUGUUGAGUCUAAGGUAGAGGCCAGGACAGAUACAAUGGGCUCUAGCCAGCCUCAUUUCAUGAUCCUUUCCCAAAGUAAGACUUUGCUUGGUGCAAAGGAUAAAGUUAUAUCCAAGUCUAAGGCAGAAGCCACACAAGAAGGUGUUGUCAAUGCAGAUCCCAAGCUUAAGUCCAUGCCCACUUCUGAGAGUGAGGGGUGGGCUGGUACUCAGGCCUGUGGAAAGGCUCAGCCUAAGGUCCAUGACUAUUACUGGAAUGGAAUUGGUAUUGAAGAUUGGAUUGCUUCUGAGCGAUGGAUCAAAUUUAGGUUUCAGGCCAGGGAUGGAUACUGGGAGAAUAGCAUGUCCUGGGCUGAUGAUGAGAAUGAAGCCAGUAUUGAGUCCUGGAGUGGUGCUAGUUAUAUAUCUGGUAUUCAGUCCUGGGCUGGGGCUUGUGAUCAGGCUGACAUUAAGCCCUGGCCUGGGGCUAGGAUUGAGAAUGAGGUUGAUAUUGGAUCCUGUGAUGAAUCUGGGGACCAGGUCAGUGGGGAUCUCUGGGCUGGGAAUAAGGCCAUUGGAGGGUCUUGGACUGGGGCAGAGAACCAGGUCAGUGGGGGGUCUUGGGUUGACACUGGGAAUAAGGCUACUAGAGAAUCAUGGACUGGAGGUCAGGUCAGUGAGGGUUCCUGGGCUAGGGGCCAGGCCAGUGGGGUGUCCUUGGCUAGGGAAGAGGUCAUUGGAGGGUCCUGGCCUAAGGCUCAAGAACAGGCCAAUGGAAGGUCCCAGGAUGGGGAUGAGAUUCAGGUAAGUGGAGGUUCCUGGACUGAGUCUAGGGCUGGGAAUGUGGCUAGUAUUGGGUACUGGGCUGGGGCUGUUGGCCAGACUAGCCGAGGGUCCUGGUUUGGGACUAGCAAUCCACCUGAUGGUGUAUCCAAGCCUAGAUUUGAUAAUCAGACCAGUGAAAAUGUACCCUGGGCUGGGGCUGGUGGUCAGGGCAGUGGAGGGUCUAGGUUGGGGUUUGAGGACCAGUCCAGUGGAAGAUCCUUGGCUGACACUGCAGAUCAAGCCAGUGGAGUGUCCAGGCUGGGACCUGUGGACCAGUCUAAUGGUGGGUCCUGGGCUAGGGCUGGGGAACAGGCCAGUGGAAGGUUCUGGUUUGGGGCUGGGAUUCAGGCAGGUAGCUGUUCCAAACAUGUAUUUGAGGAUCAGGCCAGAAGAGGAGGCUCCUGGGCUGGUGCUGGAAAUCAAGCUGGUGAAAAAUCCUGGGAAGGGUGUAGUCUGGGGCCUGAGAAUCAGACAAGUGGAGGGUCCUGGACUGGAGCUGAGGACCAAGCCAAUGGAAGGUCUCAGGUCAGUGCUGGGGCUGAAGCCAAUGAAGGAUACUGGUUUGGGGCUGGGAAUGAGACUAGUAGUAGUGGGUCCUGGUUCUGGAGAGAAGAAUCUGAUAUUAUGUCAAGGCCUGGAAGUAAAAGUGCACCUAGUGUUGAAUCCAGAUCAGGGGCUGGGGAAGAGGGCAUUGUUAGUUCUGGAUUUGGGGUUGAGGACAAGGCCAGUAGUGGGUCCUGGAUCAGAUGUGAAGAGGUUUUUAUGGAUUCCUAUGUGGGGGCUGAGGCUGGAACUGAGGCCAGGAAAGAGUCUUGGCUUUGGGAUGAAGAUGCAACCAUUACAGGGUCUAGGCUUGGGGUUGGGAAAGAGCUUGGCAUGAGGUCCUGGACUUUGCCUAAGGAUAUAGAUGAGGAUGAGCUAAGUAGAGUGUCCAGCCCUGAUAUCGAGGAAAUCAGUUUAAGGUCCUUGUUUUGGACUGAGAGUGAGAACAAUAGUGAGUAUAGAUCCAAGGGUAAGAAUAAUGUCACUUUUGAGUGUGGGGCUGGAGAUAAGGCUAGCUCCAAGGAUAAGCUUGAGGCUGUUGGUGGGGGCAAUGUAAUGUCUUGGUUCAGGGAUGGUAAAGAAAACAGAAGUGAAGACAUAUCUGCACCCAAGACUAAAGCCAAGAAAUCAUCUGAGUCUAGAGGUACAUAUCCAUCCAUGGUUCCUGGAGCAGGAAUGGGGUCAUGGGCGGGAACCAUGAUCUGGACAGAAAUGAAAUUUCCAUACUCAGAUGAGCCCUGCUUACUACCUGAAGAUGAGCUCAGAAAGCAGAUCAGUUCUCAGGAGAAAGCUCAGCCCUGGGGCUGCUGCUGUAAACACAAAGCUAAUAUGGAUCCACGAGAGCUUGAAAAACUCAUUUGCAUGAUUAAGAUGACUGAAGAUCCUUCUAUUCAUGAAAUAGCCAAUAAUGCUCUAUAUAACAGUCCUGAUUAUCCAUUUUCCCAUGAAAUCAUUCAUAAUGGAGGUAGAAUCUCAAUUAUUGAAAGCUUGCUCAAUAAUCCCCACCCCAGUGUUAGGCAGAAGGCUUUAAAUGCACUAAAUAACAUCUCAGUGGCGGGUGAAAAGCAUAAGAAGGUUAAAACAUACUUAAAUCAAGUAUGUGAAGAUACCAUUACCUAUCCCUUGAAUUCAAAUGUGCAGCUGGCUGGACUAAGAUUAAUAAAACACCUGACUAUUAUUAGUGAAUAUCAGCAUAUGGUUACAAAUUAUAUUUCAGAAUUUCUUCGUUUGUUAACUGUGGGAAGUGGAGAAACUAAAGACCAUAUUCUGGGAAUGCUUUUGAAUUUCUCUAAAAAUCCAUCUAUGACAAAAGAUUUGGUCAUAGCCAAUGCACCAGCAUCACUGAUUAAUAUUUUUAGCAAGAAAGAGACAAAAGAGAAUAUUCUUAAUGCUCUUUCAUUAUUUGAAAAUAUAAAUUACCACUUUAAAAGAAGAGCAAGAAUAUUUACCCAGGAUAAGUUCAGUAAAAAUUCCCUUUAUUUCAUAUUCCAACGACCUAAAGCAUGUGCCAAGAAACUUCGAAUCUUAGCAGCAGAAUGCAAUGACACUGAGGUGAAAGAAAGAGUUGAGCUAUUAUUAAGCAAACUCUGAUUAGUUGUAUGUUUUCAAAAAAAUCUGAGUAAUAUUUUGAUUUUGCACUCUGAGGGUAAUGCACUUAGUAAAUUCCAUUAUAACUUUGAAACUGAUGUUACUUAUGAUGGCCUAUGGCUGGACCAUAUUAU